UAACACCUAAAAUUUUUUCUUUUUACGAAAGACCCGAUCUCCAAAUUUCAACCUUUCGUAGUACUACUAAACGGUCAAAAAAAAGAUGUGACGGCAAUUCCACUUCCUUUGACUAUCCAUACUAAAAAGUCAAAAAAAAAUUUGCCGAAAAUGUCAGCAACACCUCGUCGCCUCCAUGCCUUUUAGUCAACGCCUCGCCUUGUUCAGAUGCAGCAGGUGAGGUGAGAGCUCCACCUCCCGGAGCUCGAGGCUUCCCCGGUGAACACCUCCUCCCGGACAAAUAAACUAAUCCAAAUGCCGACCUCGCUUCCGGUGCUCGAGCUCAUCGGCGAGGCGUCCGCACGUGCGCCAAGAACCCCUCAUGAGCAGGUGAGGUGAUCCUUCAAGAAACCAGCAAAAGAAAUCCAAGGUCAAUGCCGGAAGAACAACAAGAAGCGGAAGAGGGGAUCGCCGGCGGCGGCGGCGGAUGGGCGAGCACGGCGCUGCAGCCGGUGCGGUGGCUGCGGAUGCUGUGCCGGGAGCUGGGCGCGACGUUCGUCGCCGGCGUGGUGCUGGUGUACGGGCUGAGCCAGGGGUUCGCCGGGUCCUUCUUCCGCGUGGCGUCGGACUACUACUGGAAGGACGUGCAGCGGGUGCAGCCGGCCACCGUGCAGCUCCUCUCCGCCGUCUUCUUCAUCCCCUGGGUCCUCAAGCCCCUCUGGGGGAUCAUGACCGACGUCUUCCCCGUCCGCGGCUACCGCCGCCGCCCCUACUUCCUCUUCGCAGGAGUACUUGGAACGGCUUCAGCUGCUAUUGUUACCAUGGUUAAUGGACUACCGAUGACUUCCGCUAUACUUUCCUUUGUGGGGAUAUCAACAGCAGUUGCCAUAGCAGAUGUUACAAUAGAUGCAUGCAUUGCGAAGAAUGGUAUUGAUAAGCCAUCAUUAGUCCCAGACAUGCAAAGCCUUUGUGCAUUCUCAUCAUCUCUAGGUGCACUUAUUGGGUAUGCUACAAGUGGAAUGUUUGUCCACCAUCUUGGGGCACAGGGUGCAUUAGGUGUGAUGGCUUUACCUCCUGCAACGUUGGUUUUUCUAGGAUUUUUCAUAUAUGAGCUGAAAAUGUAUCAGCAUAAUGUGAAAGAGAAGGUUUUGAAUAAGGUUCAUAUGGCAGUGAAAGGGAUGGCUCAGACAAUAAAGUACCCAGUAGUGUGGAAGCCAUCCCUGUACAUGUUUCUUUCCCUGGCGCUUAGUAUCAGCACUCAUGAGGGACAGUUCUACUGGUAUACUAGCAAGGAACCACCUAAUCCUGGAUUUUCUCAGGAAUUUGUUGGUAUGGUCCAUGCCAUCGGCGCAGUUGCAUCCAUGGUGGGCGUCCUGGUGUACCACAAGUACCUCAAGGACUACCCUUUCCGGAGCAUCCUCUUCUACGCGCAGCUGCUGUACGGCGUCUCCGGCCUCCUCGACCUCACCUUCGUGCUCCGGUGGAACCUCCUCCUCGGCGUGCCCGACGCCGCCUUCGUCACCCUGGAGGAGUGCUGCGCCCGCGUCGUCGGCCGCGUCAGGCUGAUGCCGAUGAUGGUGCUCAGCACCAAGCUGUGCCCGCCGGGCGCCGAGGGCACCUUCUUCGCGCUGCUCAUGUGCAUCGACAGCGCCGGCAUGCUGGCGGCCAAGGCCGGCGGCGCCGCCGUGCUGCGCGCGCUCCGGGUGACCAGGACCGACUUCGCCCGCCUCUGGCUCGCCGUCCUCGUCAGGAACCUGCUCCGGCUGUCCACGCUCGCCGCCAUCUCGCUCGUCCCCACGGCCGACCAGACCGACGUGCUCCUGCCGCGCGACCUCCUCGCCGUCGCCGGCGACGGCUCUCCUCCCGCCGCCGGCGACGGCGACGACGAGGAGAGGCUGCAGCUCGCGAAAUUCGCUGAUCACGUCGACGACGACGACGACGACGACUGAACAUAGUUGAUCAUACGACAUUGUUGCAGCGCGUUCUUGCAUGCAUCCUGUCACUGUCAGGUGAGGAUGCAGCUAUAGUAGCUCUGAUCAAUCGAUCAGAUAGAUUCGUUGAUUCGUUCAUGGCGAGCGCAUGCAUGUCUCUGAUGAGACGUUGCCAGGUGACAGAAAUGGCAUCUCUCUCUGUACGGGCAACCCGGAGUGGAAAGAUGAGCUGGGAUGUACGGAUUCUGUUUUCUGUUCAGUUUGGUUAGCAUAGGAGGAUUCUACAGAGAAAAAAAAAAAAGGGAGAAUUUGAACCAUGCCACACAAAUUUUACAAAAUUUGUGAUAUGCCACCCUGACCCACAUGUUAUUGACUCAUGUGGGUCUUAUAUGUCAUUGAGAUACGGGUGGUAUAUCUCAAAUUUAUAAAUAUAGGGUGGCAUGGUUCCAACAAACCCAAAAAAAAAAAUGAAGUGAUACUAAACUCUGGAUUUGUUUUAGAAAAGAUGCUGAACUUUGGGUUCUAUCUCAGGUUGCAGUACAUCUCUACUUUAUAAGUAAGUUAUAACAACUGGGAAUAUAUAUAGUAGACUAUAUACACAGAUUUGUUAUUCA